GAGGGGGACCGGUCCACUGCCAGCUCAGCUGACAACACAACAGCAGCGCCUCAGCAGCAGCCCAAAGAUGAUGGCAGACUCUGGGAGCAGUGAAGUAGCGGCUGUGAUCGGUAACACCGACCUCACUUCAACUGAAUCAGAGAACAACAUUAUAAACACGAUGGUGGAAAGAGGGACAGCUCUGUUGAGAAAAAUGGAGAUAAAUGUGGCAGAGGCAGAGAAGAGAACAGGGAAGAACACGGUUAACAUGCAGGAAACCUAUACUGUCUACCUCAUAGAAACACGGCCAGCCGAAACUGUCCCAGAGGGAGGUACGCCAGCCACACCUGACACUUUGUGGAGACGCUACAGUGAGUUUGAGUUGCUCAGAACUUACCUCCUGGUCACUUACCCCUACAUCAUCAUCCCUCCACUACCAGAGAAAAGGGCAGAGUUUGUGUGGCACAAGCUGUCGGCAGACAACCUCGACCCAGACUUUGUUGAGCGACGGAGAGUCGGCUUGGAAAACUUCCUGUUGCGUGUUGCAUCACAUCCUGUCCUUUCGAAUGAUGAAAUCUUCUUCCGCUUUCUCACAGAGGAGAAGGGAUGGAGGGAGGCGGUAUUGGAGACAGGUUUCCAAGACAAGGUUGACUCCAGACUAAAGUCUCUGAGUGCCAUGUUCAGAGUCAAGAACCCUGACAAGCGAUUCAUAGCACUUAAACACUACAGUGAUGAACUGAACACUGUCAUCUCUCAGUUACUCAGGGUGCGGGCGAGAGUAGCAGACAGGCUGUAUGGAGUCUACAAGGUCCAUGGUAACUACGGCAGAGUCUUUAGUGAGUGGAGUGCUAUAGAAAAAGAGAUGGGAGACGGACUACAGAGUGCCGGCCACCACAUGGAUACGUAUGCUGCAUCAAUAGAUGACAUUCUGGAGGAAGAAGAACACUACGCAGACCAACUGAAAGAAUACCUCUUCUACACUGACGCUGUCAGGUCAGUAUGUAAGAAGCAUGAGUUGAUCCAGUAUGAUCUGGAGAUGGCAGCUCAGGACCUUGUCCAUAAGAAACAACAGAAGGAAGAGCUGGCCACUGGGACAGUGCGAGUCUUUUCUCUGAAAGGAAUGACCAGUAAACUAUUUGGCCAGGAGAGCCAGGAACAGAGGGAGAGCAGAUUGGCAGCCCUGGAGCAGAGCAUACAGGAGGGAGAGGAGGCAGUCAAGGAGAAGAACACAGAGUGCCAAGAGUUUGUGCGAACAGCUUGGGAAGACAUUGAACGCUUUAAGGAGCAGAAGGACAAAGAUUUGCGCGAGGCACUAAUCAGCUAUGCCAUUAUGCAGAUCAGCAUGUGUAAGAAGGGAAUCCAGGUGUGGUCCAACGCCAAGGAGUGUUUCAACAAAAUGUGAGCCACUUUCCCAGCCAAUCACACUUCGCAACAAAACAGUAGUCAUUAUACUGCAGUCUUACAGAAAUGGACCAUGGGAGCACAAAUACUGCUUUCUCUUUGUUUGUUGCGCUAAAUUGAAGCUACUGAGAGUAAUUUUGUCUCCUUUUCUCUCUCUUCCUCUCUCACACACAUGCACACAUACAAUUAUUUAGAAAAAGGUACCAAGUCAGAGUCAUUAAGUGAGUCCAUGCCUUUUAAAUCCAAGUGUCUUAACAGUACCACUCUCUUGACAUUCUGCUGAUGUUACCUUCAUGUUGCAGAUGAUCCAAAUCUUCCAUACUCAUCCUUAGUCGCACAGCUGACAGCAUGUCCAAGAGGAACACCCUGCACUAAUAAAGCAUAAUAAUAAUAAUAAUUGCCUGGUUGGAAUAGAUGUUCAUUGUAUUUCAGUUAUAACCCUUCUCUUGACUUAUUUCUCACCCUGAAUAUAAGGAAUGCACAGCAGAGUGGUACUUAAUAUUAAGUAAUGAAAAGCUGCACAUUUCAGUCAGUGGUUCAAUUUAGUCAUUUUAGAAUUACCUGCUUAAGAGAAAGUGAAACAAACUGUGCCGUGUGCUUUUUCAUAUUUUACUUUUAGGAAUUCUACUUACAGCUAGGGUUUUCACACUAAUUAAACUGCAGUUAGUUGUCAAUUUACAAUAUUGACAACAAAGUGAAGAAUGAAAAAAAAACUUUUUUGUUAUAGAAAGCACUAUUGAGAAGCAUCAUGCUUACUUUGGGGCUAAUUCUGCAAUUUUGAACUCACUUAAUUGUCACUGCACCAAAUCUUUUACUUUUAUAAUUGGUCAGAAAUUCGUAUUGUCUAUUUGCAAGAGCAUCUUUAAUCUGGGACAUUUUGUAGUGACAGUCUCAAGGGGCUGUCCUGAAAAAUGUUGCCAGGGAUUUGCCUCAGACUUUUUCUUGGCCUCAAAUAAUACAUUUAAAAGUUGAAAUUCUACUUGAAAAAAAAUGUCAGGUGUAUAUCAAUCAGAAACAAAAUGAAACUAGGGUGUCACUCCGUAGAGGUCGUAUCUCCACCAAGGCAAAAAAUGGUCUAUUUCGCAAUGUUAAGGAAAAUGUUAAAAAAAAAAUCCCUGAAUCCGCCCCUUUAACCAGAUUGGCACCUAAAUUUAAUGGGUUUUUCCCUGGGCGACACACCAUGCCUUCCACCAAGUUUGGUGCAAAUCGGUUCAGUAAUUCUUGUGUAAACCGGCUGACAAACAAACAAACCAACAAACAGACAUGGGUGAAAACAUAACCUCCUUGGCCCGGGUAAUAAAUCCAACUGUAAGGCAAGGAAAAAAACAGACCACACCUCAGGUAGCCACUACACAUUCACAUUUCCUAAUUUCCUUUUUCAUGAAUUACGUUUUAUACACGUUCAUGCUGAAGUCAGUCUUAAUGACUGAUUGCUGACCAAAGUGCUUAUGACCAAGUACCCAUUUAGUACAGAUCACAGGUGAGAAGCACAGAAGGAGACAGGGGAGAAUUACUUUUUUUUUUUUUUUUUUCUUUUUGUGCCAAAAACAAAGAGCCAUGAGGAAGUGUAGUCGGGAAGGCCUCGGACUGUUUUAGUUACAGUGGGUUUGUUUUUUCUUGGAGACUUUUUGAAAGACUGAAACAUGGCACCUCCACAAACCUUGUUCUACCAAGUGCAACUAUAAAUGUUGUUAGAAGCAGCACACAUACAGAUCAAUAGCUGAGCCUUUUCCUUGCUGUCAAGCUUUAUAGCCUUAAUACGAACUUUGGUUUUGUACAACAGGGGAAGGACAAAACAAGUUGUCAACUUUCUUUGCCUCACCCCUCUUUCUGAUAUUAAGUCACUUCACUAAAUAAUAGACCUGAGUUCCAAGCAUGCCUCAGGUCAGUGUUUAUAAAACGUAUUGACCAAAAUGUGGAAACUUUUAAGUACAGAUAUGUUAGCUCCACACAGUCUGGUUUAAUGCAUAUUUUAGAGAUUUACAAUACAUAUGCUACGUUAAUGCUUCCUGUAAGAUAUCCGUCUGAGGUUGAAAAUUAUGCUGAGAUUAUUUUCUGUCAGUAAAUGCUACUUUUUUCAGAAUGAACAUAAUCAAUUUACUGAGGUAAUCCCAAAUUGAGGCUUUAUGUAUGUUUUUAUAAUAAACAUGUUAAAUGAGAUUAUUUUUAUGUUUCUGUAAUCACUGUGCUAAAACACUAAUAAACAUGUCUUUUUUUUUAACUAUUUUGUUGCAUUUGUAUGCCAAACAAUGUACAAAGGAGUCAGAGAUGAUACUGAAAACUAGGGCGAUAUGUGACACUGCUAGUUUUGUUCCACAUUUUCAGAUGACUGAGCUCAGAUACUUUAUGGUUUUUCAUAUAAAACUUUGUUUUUGCUGCCUAU